AUGUCAUCUGAUUUCGCCGAGAAGAAUAAUGUCAACACUGACAUUGUUACAUUGACAAGAUUUAUCUUGGAAGAACAACACCAUUAUGCUAAAGAAGCCAGUGGUGAAUUAACAUUAUUGUUAAACUCUCUACAAUUUGCCUUCAAAUUCAUUGCUCAUACUAUUAGAAGAGCCGAAUUGGUUAAUUUGAUCGGUUUGGCUGGUGCCUCAAAUUCCACUGGUGAUGACCAAAAAAAAUUAGAUGUUAUUGGUGACGAGAUCUUUAUUAACGCGAUGAAGGCAAGUGGUAACGUCAAAGUCUUAGUAUCUGAAGAACAAGAAGACUUGAUCACCUUCAAAGGUCCAGGAAAUUAUGCAGUUUGUUGUGAUCCAAUUGACGGUUCAUCUAAUAUUGACGCUGGUGUCUCCGUUGGUACCAUUUUUGGUGUCUACAAAUUGUUGCCUGGUUCAAAUGGUUCAAUCAACGAUGUCUUAAGACGUGGUACCGAGAUGGUUGCUGCAGGUUAUACCAUGUACGGUGCUUCUGCUCAUUUAAUGUUAACCACUGGUAACGGUGUUAAUGGUUUCACUCUUGAUACCCAAUUAGGUGAAUUUAUCUUGACCCAUGCUAACUUAAAAAUACCUCUAUCAAGAACAAUAUACUCCAUCAAUGAAGGUAAUUAUAUUUACUGGCCAGCUCCAAUUCAAAAAUAUAUCGAUUCCCUAAAGGAACCUCAACCAGACACCGGCAAACCUUAUUCAGCUCGUUAUAUUGGUUCAAUGGUUGCCGAUGUUCAUAGAACUUUAUUGUAUGGUGGUUUAUUUGCUUAUCCAACCAAAGGCAAAUCAGGUAAACUAAGAAUAUUAUAUGAAUGUUUCCCAAUGGCGAUGAUACUAGAACAAGCUGGUGGUAAAGCUGUCAACGAUAAUGGUGACAGAAUCCUAGAUUUAACUCCAAAGGAGAUUCAUGCUAGAAGUGGUAUUUGGCUAGGAAGUAAAAAUGAAGUUGAUAAAUUCUUAAAAGCUACAGGACAACAGUUUUUGAAUUUAAACUAG